AUGGCGAAACAACCUUCAGUUCUGUGGGCACAACGGGAAACUUUCCUCUACGUUACCAUUGAGGUCGAUGAGGCUAAAGUCGACGACUUGAAAGCUGAGCCAUCGAAGCUCCACUUUGCGUAAGUUUUUUUUUUCAAUUUCGCAAACUUCCCUUUUUUUAAAAGAUUUCUGUUCUUUCGCUGAUAUUUUCUUCGGCCCACCAGAGUUUUUGGUGUAGAUUUUCACACGGCUACGAUUAAUUUUGUAGUAUUGUCUUUUAGCUUGUGAUUUUUGUUGUACAUGAAUGAAAAAUAUUUCUGAAUCAUCUGGUGGGAAAAAAAGAGCAAAGUUCACGAAAUAAGUCUAGUUUUUAUAUGUAGUCUGCGGUAAAUAAAUUAUUAAAAAAAAACUAUGAAUGAAUUGAUUUGGUUCAUGUUUAGUGGAAGCAGCAAGACCGACAAGUACGAAACGACGUUAGAGUUCUUCGAAGAAAUUGAUGUAAGAAAAGGGAUUUUGUUCGUUGUAAUUAUAUUGAAUAUUUCAGCCCGAAAGCGUCAAGCGAAUCGAUACGAACACUCGUGUCGUUGAGCUGACGAUCCAGAAGAAAGAGCCGAAAUGGUGGCCACGCCUUUUGAAAGAGAAGGGAAAGGUUUUUUUUUGAUGAAGAUUAUAAGGAGUAAACGAAAAAUUCAGGUCCAUUGGUUGAAAGUCGAUUUCUCCAAGUGGAAAGACGAGGAUGACGAAGAAGCCGACGACUUCGGUGGAAUGGACGCCGGAAUGGGAGGCGCCAUGGGUGGCGGUGGCGGAAUGGGCAACGGCUUUGACCUUAGCCAGUACAUGUCCCAGUUGAACCCAGGCGGCGGCGGCGCUGACUUCGACGGAUUAGACGAUGAAGACGGUUAGAAUAACAUCAAACUUCAAUUUUGAAUCAAAAAUGUUCAGAUAUGCCCGAGCUCGAAGAUAACGAAGAAGAGGAAGAGGGCAAGGUCGAGACGAAAGCUUGA